UCUAGGCAGCUAUUCUAUGCUGCCUCUGCAGGGCAUAGAGUGCCUGGAGAACAUGGUCACCUAACCUGCAGAGUGGAGUAAUGCACCCAGCAUGCUCUACUACAGAGACAGCAGGGUGGGAGGAGAGCCUGCCAAGCUGGAUACAUUGUCCAGGGAGAUUUCCCUCUGUGCUGAAAGCAGACAUGCCAGUAAGUAGCCUACCUGUCCCCAGAUAUCUCCACUGCCCAUGGAAGUUACCUUCCAUGUCAUCCCCUCAGUGUUCACAGCCUUGGCCCUAAUGCCUCCAUCAGUAUCUUCUCAGCUCCACUUGCCAGUCACAAAGGAAGGAGGAAACCAGAGACCUCUCUGAUGUCAUAUUGGCCAGCCACUGAUUGGACGGAAGCUCAGGACUUGGUUUAUGAUGUCACGAGUGGUGUGGCACGUCGCUGUAGAUGUAUGUGUCUGGUGGAAGAUGAGGCUGCUCUCCCGCCUCCUCCUCCUCCACACCUUGGUCUGGCCCUGGCACAGCACGGAAGGCAGCUGUGAUGCAGUUUGUGGGCACCGCCCCCUGGUGUCUGGCUAUGGGGGGAUGCGGAUCGUGGGUGGCGUCGAUGCUCUGCCAGGGGCCUGGCCCUGGCUCGUCAGCAUCCAGAUCCCCACUCGAACAGGCCCCCGGCAUUCGUGUGGCGGGUCCCUCAUCAGCGCCCGCUGGGUCCUCACAGCAGCUCACUGCUUCAAAGCCAAGAGAAGGCUGCUCCCGCAGUGGCGUGUUGUGAUUGGUGCAUCUCAGCUCUCCCAACUUGGCCCCGAGGCCCAGGUGCGCUCCAUCAAGCAGGUGGUGCAGCACGAGCGCUACGAGCCGCGCAUGGAGAGGAACGACAUCGCUCUGCUGGAGCUCAGCCAGCCAAUUGUGUGCAAUGACUAUGCACAGCUUGCCUGCCUGCCCGAUGCCAGGACAGAGGUGUCAAAACUCGUCCACUGCUACAUCAGCGGCUGGGGUGUCACACAGGAGACAUCUCUGGAAACAGCUGACAUCCUGCAGGAAGCCAAGGUGCAUCUUAUUGACACCACAACCUGCAACAGCAGCCGCUGGUACAACGGGGCCAUCGCCAGCAACAACCUGUGUGCAGGGUACGAGCAAGGAGGCAUCGACAGCUGCCAGCACUGGCCUCUCCCCUGCCAGGUGGUAUGGAAGUCUUCUCUGCCUGCCUGCUGCCAGAAUCCUUCCAUAGCCCCAUGUGAUGGGUAAUCUCAGCUGGAAACCCCUUUGCUUUUCUUUGUGCCAUUGUAUUUAGGGGUGUAAAGCCCUAUGCAAAAGGAAAGGGGGGGGGGCGUAGAGCCCAUAAUGAGCUGCUUCGAGCUGUGUCAAUCUCCUAAAGUAAAUGGGAAGAACUUCGUUUAGUGUCCUUUGUAAUGAGACUGGCCACAACACGAAGCAAUAGGCCACAGAAUGGACUAGAGGGGACCAGUAUCCCUAAUAUCAAUGACUCAGAGACCCAAUAUGGGUCAGGGGCUCUCAGGGCCAGUGAAGCCGAUACCCUGAACAUGGCAUGCAGGACCCAGAGGCAAAGCCCCUGAGCUCUAGCACGUGGGGGUGGGGAGUGAGGCCACCAUGCCAUAGUGGCUGCAUUCAGAGGCUGGCUGAAGAGGGCUCUCUGUUGGAGGAGGAAGAGAAGGGAGCUGAGAGCUCACUGCUCACCAAAGCACAGAAUGAGCCAGCACCUGCCUCCUGAUGGAAGAAGCCCUGGAUGCAGCUCCCAGACAGUCCAUCCCCACGAGCGGGGGGCACCUUUUGGAACAUGUGCUAGGGCUCCGCCCAAGCUAGCCAGGCCUCAGUGGUGAGCCCCCUUCCUCUGAGCUCCAACUGACAGACGUCUCUGUGGCAGGUGCUAGAGGGAAGAAUGUGGGUCCUUAAGCCUCUUCCAAGGAGGCGCCAGCCCCCCUGCCAAGCUUGGCUCAUCAGUGACAAGCUGGCUGUGCCUCAGAC